GUGAACCGGCCCUGCAUCUAGUUUAUAAGAAUGGUUCUCUGUAUAAGACAAAAAAUUUCAAGAAUAAGUCACAUAUGGAAGUAACUUUCUCUGGAAAGUUAUGGCUUGCAAAACUUAAAUUAUUGAAUUUUCUUGUGUACCAUGAAAUGUCAGUUGCUUACUACUAAAUGCCUCAACAGAAGGUGACAUGGUUUACCCUGUGAAGAGAGAAUUGAAGAAAGAGGAAAAUGAUGCAGAGGAGCUCAAACCACCGAUCAGAGUAUUUGUGGAUCCUGCCGAGGUGCCUGGUAGGGAAGUGAAUCAGGAAGACGAGGACCCUUUGGCACCGGACGGUGAAUUUUUUUGUUGUAAAAUUGAAGGGUCUGCUGGUGGAGAGUAUGACAUAGAAGGCACCGUCAACGACUCGAAGACUCGCCCGGGAAGCGCCGUGGAAGCAAAUAGCGAUUGCAGGAAAGGAGACGACCUAGCACUUGGGAGUACCGGAGUGAAGCCUAAUCAAAGAGUUGCGCGGAAGAAGAGUUCUUCUAAAAAUGCUUCUCGUUUCUCCAAACGAAAUAGCGCGAGUGAAGAUGAACUGUCAUUUUGCGGAGAGACUCAAAACCGAGCUAGAGCAAGUACCCUACAAACACCCCAGACGCAGGACUCUUCUCCCUUCACAAUUCGCUCCAAAGAUGGGACACCUUCGAGUUCGUGGCGGCGCGGCAGCCGGCUCGCCUCUUCUUUAUUUCGGGCUUCAGCCGACGAGGGACCCGUCUUGCUAUGCUGCGCACAGCCAUGA